GUGGGCCUGAGGUGUCUGCACCUCCACCAAGGACCCUGGUGCAAGAGCAGCUGCAGCCAAGUGAGGGAGGUGUUGGAUCCAUCCCUUCAGCCCAGAGCUGAGAAGGAGAAACAGGCUAAACCCUCCCGUGAACUGCUGAUGGCAGAGUUUUCCAGAGAACCUGGCAAGAAGCAGCAUGAACGUGCUGAUGCGAAUUUCGACGUUAAUCUUCUGUAAAUCGAGCGGCCCGUGUCCGAGGGACGGCCGCGAGAAAUCCGAGUGACGUUUCCAUAGCUCGCUGCGCGCCCGCGCUAUUGAGAUGAAAUCUCAUGGAUGGAAUUCCGUGGACGCAGCUGCUGUAUCAGCGCUCGGGGAAUUCUGCUGUUCUGUUCAGAAGCGAGCCAUAAAUAGCGGGGCCGCCCGCGCCGCCCAGCACAGCGGAACCACACGGAGAGGCACAAUGACCGAGCAGCAAAGUCCCCCCGAGCAGAUGGCGACUGGGGAGGGUGCUGGCGAGCGAGGUGGCAACUACAAGAUCACGAUCUACGAGCUGGAGAAUUUCCAGGGGAAAAGGUGUGAGCUGACAGAGGAGCUCCCCAACAUCACCGAGAAGGAGAUGGAGAAGGUGGGCUCCAUCCAGGUGGAGUCUGGCCCGUGGCUGGGCUUCGAGCGCCAGGCCUAUGCUGGGGAGCAGUUCGUGCUGGAGAAGGGCGACUACCCCCGCUGGGACUCCUGGUCCAACAGCCACAGCAGCGACAGCCUGAUGUCCAUCCGGCCCCUCCAGAUUGACAGCGCCGACCACAAGAUCCACCUGUUUGAGAACGCGGGGUACACCGGGAGGAAGAUGGAGAUCGUGGAUGACGACGUCCCCAGCCUCUGGGCCCACGGCUUCCAGGACCGCGUGGCCAGCGUCAAGGCCCUGAAUGGAACGUGGGUGGGCUACGAGUACCCCGGCUACCGGGGCCGCCAGCACGUCUUCGAGAAGGGCGAGUACCGGCACUGGAACGAGUGGGACGCCAACCAGCCCCUGAUCCAGUCCGUGCGCCGUGUGAGGGACCAGCAGUGGCACCAGCGGGGCUGCUUCGAGAACAGCUGAGGGACCCCCAGCCCCCGCCGGGGCCGCUCGCGGGGUCCCCCGGCUGAUGCCGUGACCGUGGUGUUUUUUGUGCAAAAACCUCAAUAAAGCUCUGAGAUGGAG